AUUUUUAUCAUUUUAAUCGGCUGAUCGAUAUUUCGUUCCUGAUAAUUUCGAUCUUCAAUCAUUCAAAAUUAUUGGUAAUUACUCUUACGACAAGAAGAGACAGAAAAGACAGAAAAUUAGAGAGACAGAAAAUUCACGCUGGACUAUUAGAGGAGAGACGAACGAGAAGUCAGUUCCAAAAAUACGAGUGGAAAGGUUGUUUGACGUCAUGUGACAUAGACGCGUUGUGUUGUGCGUGCGAACUCCAUAAAGCGGUCUACACAAUCUAGAAACGCGCGAACGAUCUAGAAACUUGCAUCACGAUCCUCGUGAUGUGCAAAUGAUAUAUAUCGAUUUUAGCAUCCAUUGAAAACCAUUCUGAUGUUGUUAUCUGCAUCGCGAAACCAGAUAUCUAUAUCGUUGGCAUCAUCUGUUCCAUUGUGCGGGCCGCUUAACUGAUGUUGUAGACGUGUUGGAAAGGGAAAAUAAUUUGGCAGUCAUCGGUCAUCAUUAGAGAGAAACGUUUGGAAACGUUUUGAAACCAUUUCAUUGGUGAAUAAAUUAAAAGUUAUUCGUGCAAGUGUGUGUUCGUUUAUUACGAAUUACAUAUACAAAUAACAUUUGUUUGCUUGAAUAAUAUUUAUGUAAAUUUAUGUAAAAAUUUAAUACGUUUUUUAUGUACAAAUUUCAUAUAAGAAUCUUAUAAUUUGAUAAUUAAUAGAUUUAAUUGUGUAUACGUUGUUUUAUCUCAAGUAUUGAAAAAGUAUGUAUAAGAAUAUAGAUAAUGGAACGAUUAGCGACAGAAAAAAAUAACGAUACAAUGAUAAUAUAAUUACGAUUUAUCGUUGUAUUACGAUUCACCGAAUAUUUUAUCGCGCAAUAUAUUAACGUUUAAAAUAUUAUUAUUCAGUUAUAUUUUAUUUUACUUUUAAACAAGUUCGACCUUAAGUCGAUAUAUAUAUAUAUAUCUCUUCUCUUAUUUAAUCUUUGUCGAAAUGAAGUUCCUAUUUGCGAUUAUAACGAUUGCUUGUGCGAUGUACGAUGAUGCCAGUGGUGCCAGAAUUUUGAUGAUAACUCCGCAUCAAGCGAAAAGUCAUUACAUAGUAUACGAGGCGUUGCUGAAGAGACUUGCGGAAAGGGGUCACCAAGUGGUGUCGUUCAACCAUUUUCCUCAGAAAACAGUUUUACCUAAUUUCACGGAUGUAGAUAUAUCUUCAAGCAUGCCAUACGUGGUCGGUACAAAGUCGAUCAAGAUUGCCUUUCAGGAAACCAUGUUGCAAAAAUUGGGAUUGAUAUCCCGUAUAAGCUUAUCAACGUGUCAAUCCGUAUUGGAACAUCCGGAAUUGAAGAAAUUUCUGCAUUCGAAGGAGAAGUUCGAUGUGUACAUCAUGGAAAUCUUCCUUUCCGACUGUUUUAUCGGUAUCGGCCAUGCUCUCAAAAUACCAAUUGUGGUUGGAAUAAGUAGCACCAUGCCUUAUCCAUGGACGAACGGGAUUCUUAGGAAUCCUGAAAACCCUAGUUACAUUCCUAACAUGGUUUUAAGUAAUUUUUCGGACGAGAUGAAUUUCUUCGAGAGGGCCACCAAUUUGAUGUACCUUUUCAUCAGCAAACUCGCCUAUAGGUACCUAGCGGACAGGCCAGGUUACGAGAUCGCGAAAAAAUACUUCGGCGACGAUCUUCCGGACUUGGACACGUUACGAUCUAGGAUAUCAUUGAUACUGACGAAUGGGCACAGGGCAGUGAACACGCCACGAGCCCUUGCGCCAGGACUUAAAGAGCUGGGCGGUAUGCACAUACCAGCGUCGGGCCCGCCCCCGUUGCCCAAAGAUCUUAAGGAUUUUCUCGACUCGAGCGAGAACGGGGUCAUUUACUUUGGCUUGGGAUCGCAAAUAAACAUAUCCACCAUGCCCAACGAGAUGUUAAUGUCUUUCUACGAGGCGUUCGAGCGGGUACCGCAACGGAUAUUGUGGAAGUGCACCGAGAGCAAUAUGCCCAAGCUGCCCAAAAAAGUUAAGUCCAUCGAAUGGGCGCCCCAGCUCUCCAUAUUGUGUCACCCGAAUGUGCGGCUAUUUAUCUCGCACGGUGGAAUGCUGAGCUCUCAAGAGGCGGUUUAUUGCGGGGUACCGAUUCUCGGCAUACCCCUGUACGGGGAUCAACACCUGAACCUGGCCUACUUCGUGAAAAGGGGGUUCGCUCUGAAACUGGAUUACCAUCAACUUUCAUACGAGCCGACGAUAUCAAACGCUUUGAACGAACUGCUCCUGAACAACAGUUACAAGGAUAUGGCGAGGAAAGCCUCUUUCGAGUUCAGGGAUCGACUGAUACCACCAUUGGACGAGGGAGUUUAUUGGAUAGAGUAUUUACUUCGCCAUGGGCCGGAUUCAUUGAGGACAACGGCAACGAAUUUAACUUGGUAUCAAUAUUUAUUGCUGGACGUUAUACUCGCGAUAAUAAUUUCAAUCGCGUUGGCGGUAUUCAUCGUUUACAAAUUAUUUAAAUUAUUAAUUUGGAAUGGAAGAAUGACGAUAGAUGUUAAUAAGAAACGAUCGUGAAGAAAGAUCCUAUUGCGAAAUAUUGUAAGAAGUUGUUAAGUUUUGAUUAAUUAAAAAAAGAAUUCCCUGUAGAAA